AUGAAGAUAUCCCCCAAGGUGGACCCCAAUAAGUAUUGUAGGUUCCACCGCCAGACAGGGCACGACACAGACGAAUGCAUCCACCUCAAACGUCAAAUCGAGGACCUCAUCCAAAGGGGGUACCUCGGCCAGUUUGUCAAAAGGCCGGGGGGGCAGGGCCAGGGCCAGAACCAAGGCAACGUAUGGAAGAAAGGGGGUGGCUCCGUGCCAUCCACAUCAGCAUACCGUAAACGAGAACUGGGUCAACUCACUGAGGAGGAGGAGGUGGAACUCGACAACCCCACACCCCGGAAGAAACAGGUCAUCCACGUUAUUUUUGGGGGGCCAGAAGAGGGGGACACACCGGCGGAACGAAAGAAGUGGGCGAGAAGCCUAUAUGUUGGAGAGGUCAUGCGAUCCCCGCACGAGAAGAAGCCGAGGCGUGAACCCAUCGUGUUCACAGAGGCUGACUUACCUGAUGGCCCCCUCCCCCAUCGUGACGCCCUAGUCAUCAAGGUGGAAAUCAGCGAUGUGAUAGUGCACCGGGUGCUCGUGGACACAGGCAGCUAG